GGACGAUCUCAACGAAACUCAACAGAAGUUCCAACAUUAUUUCUAAACAAUAUGAAAAUAGUUAUCGAAAUUUUUAUUUUUGCACAGAUUUGCUAUUCUACAAAAAUUAUUGCAGUUCUAGGCUAUGAUCCACUUGCAGCCCAUAGUCAGAGGUAAAUUUAUACGUAAACCGCGUGACAGUGAUUUUAAUUUAUUCGAUUCAUAUGCUAGAGUAUUCCUGUUCAUAAUUUUCUAUGCUGAAGGCUUUUAAGUGCUGAAAGAAUUACUAUUGCUUGUAUCUUUUCAUUACGGUCUACAAUAAUGAAAUAACUGCAAUAAUGGUUGAUGUUUUGUCAGAUCUGUUGACGUUAGUUAUCAAUUUUUGUCGCUUGGGAACUCGGUAUUUUGACGGCACGUUGUAAACAAGGCAGACGUAAAACUUUUGCCGGUCAAAGAUUUAAUUCUAUUCCUAUUUAUUACAAGUUUUCAACGAUUGCCUGCAGUUCUGUAAGCUUUUAUAAAUGCUUUAAGUGACACUUCCGGAAAAGAUUACAGCCAAUAGCAACCGAUAGAAUGUCGCUUCUGGCACUUGGUUCAUUCCUAGUCAAACAACGCCACCUUUCGAAUGCUCUAUUGCGUUGCUCUGCAUCGGUUCCAAGCAUCGUCCUUCAUCGUUCGAUUAGUAAUGCAUCGAAACAAACUUCUUCCUCCAAAUCGCUGUCGGCGGGAAGUGAUCGAACAGACGUAUCGACGGACGUACGGCCAAUCGGUGAGCGAGUAAAGGAAAACACGAAAACCGCCAGCUACAUGGGUGUAAUCCUGCUCGGCGUCGGAGUAACCGGUCUUCUGUUCUACGUCAUAUUUUGGGAGCUGUUUUCUUCAGACAGUCCCAACAACAUCUACUCGGAGGCAUUGGAAAGAGUGAAGGAAGAAACGAGGGUAAAGGAUGCGCUCGGGGCACCCAUCAAGGGCUAUGGAGAGGAAAGCCGACGUGGCCGGCGAACGCGUGUGGCACACACUAAAUACGUCAAAGAUGGUGUAGAAUACAUUCGCAUGCAGUUCUUUGUGCAAGGAUUCCGGAACAGAGGAACGGUCCAUCUGGAGAAACGCAAAACGGAGUCCGGCAGCUACGAAUAUCGUUAUCUAUUUGUGCAAUUGGAUUACAAUCCUCACAGUCCCAUCAUACUGGAAGACAACAGACUGCAGCAAGAUACGGUGCGAUCGCCCACCGGCACUGUACCGCAACCUUUCCUGUAAAAUCUAUCCAAACGAAAUGCAACCAGCUGUGUGAAAGGAA